AUCACUCUGUUAACUUAGGCAAAAUCCCAACAAAUUAAAAAAAAAAAUAAAAACAUCCUUGGCAAGCUGCUUGCAAAGAUGAUUUUUACAAAAAUAUUCACAAAAGUGAUGUGUUGCCGCUGUUGCUCGCAGACACAACAGAAAAUAUGGGUCUUUGGCAUAAGCACUAUGUUCCUGAUCUGUGGAUUACUGGGAGUUUUGUGGUGGCCCGACUUUGUGGAGAGAGUUACUUUCAGGAUGCUGCCCCUUAAGCCUGGUGGGCGUACCUAUGAAUUUUGGACUGUGCCACCAGUGCCUGUGUACCUGGCCAUGUAUUUGUACAACUGGACCAAUCCCGAACAAGUUCGAGUGAAAGGUGUUAAACCAAAUUUUGAACGUGUUGGCCCCUAUGUCUUCCGCGAGGAUAAAGUCAAAAAUAACAUCACUUGGUAUGCUAAUAACACAGUGUCAUUUAUGCCGCAGAGGACUUGGUACUUUGAGCCCCGCAUGUCAGGUGGUACUUUGGAGGAUAAUGUUACAUGUCCACAUCUGCCAACAAUUGCUGCCUCACAUAUGGCUCGCGAUUUUCCCAAAUUAAUAAAAAUAUUUUUCAAUAUGGCUCUCAACUCGAAUGGCGGUAGCCUCUAUCAAACUCACACUGCCAACGAAUGGAUAUUCCAAGGAUUUUAUGAUGAAUUUUUAGACUAUGCCAUGAAGCUGAAUAACUCGAUGACGGGCAACAUCAAAGACAAUCACUUUGCCUGGCUGCUGAAUCGCAAUGGUUCGAAAGAUUUUGAGGGUUUAUUUACCAUCAAUACAGGAGUGGAGGAUCUCAGGGAAAUGGGCGAAUUGAAGUUUUGGAAUGGCAAAAAUCAUACCGGUUUCUUUGAGGGUGAAUGUGGUCGUUUAAAUGGCAGCACUGCGGAUUUGUUUGUGCCCAAUCGUGGACCUGAGGAAUGGAUUACGAUUUAUAUGAAAGACACAUGCCGCAUUAUCAAUUUGGAGCCUUCAGGCACUGAGGUCAUCGAAGGUAUUGAAGCCAUACGAUAUGAAACCAAACCAGAUACCUAUGACAGCGGUGAAUUAAAUCCGGAUAUGAAGUGUUAUUGUCCUCCAGAGCUGCAACCGAACAAUUGCCCCAAACAUGGUGUUACAGAUAUACGCACUUGUUCGGAAGGUGCUCCCAUGUUUAUGUCGCAUCCAGGAUUUCUAUAUGCAGAUCCCAUGUAUGCCAAUACCACCACAGGCACUAAGGCAGAUCCGGCGAAAGAUGUCUUCUAUAUAACCAUGGAGCCAAAAUUGGGGGUACCAUUGGAUGUGAAUGCAGCAAUACAGAUUAGUUUAUUCAUAGAGGCAGACAGGGAUAUAACGCUACUCAAGGGCUUACCAUCCUUUUAUGCUCCCUUAUUCACCAUUAACAGUAUUGCCAAAAUAACUCCAGAAAUUGCCAGUCAAGUUAGGUUGGCUUUGAAUCUCCCCAGUAUUGGUUUCUAUGUUGGUAUAGGUUUAUUGUCCUGUGGUUGCCUUGUGUUAGCCGCUGGUUUUUAUGUCUGCCUCACCAAAAAAUGGUAUGAGCCCAUAGAAGAUGAACGCACCAUAAUUCCAGACAAACAGUGAUUGAAAUGUUCAAAUUCCAAAUCGAUCUCUGCGUACGGAAGAUUAUUUUAACGGAUGCAUUUGAAAUGAAUGCCUUCAAGUGUUGAUUUUUGUAGUGUAUUUUUAAGACAAAUUUUUAUACAAAUUUAAAAUAAAUGUUAUUAAUAAGAUCGA